CGAACCACGACGACGACGAGAAGUCCUGAGUGUACGAGGCGAGGUAUACAAUUCUUCCAACCCCCCGCCCGCCCGCGAGUGCAGGUCGUUUUCAUCCUCCAACACGUCUUGCUAGAUAGGAGCAUCGUGCUUCUGGUUGAGCAUUGAUAACGAGUUGUGCAACGCCGUACGAGUAACGUCACAUGCAAGUACCACGGCCUCACACCUAGCAGGCCCACGACAACUCAAUGGCGACCUCGCUGGAUCACAUCGUCAAGGGCACUCCGGCACCGAAUGCUGAACAGGUCCGUCAGCACAUACACGAGGAGGAGUCUACGUCGCCAUCACACACUGCCUACCCCUCAGGCCAGCCCGACCAACCGCCUGCCUACUCCUCCACAUAUCCAUCUCAACCCACAACCCACUCGACAUACGCAACAUCACAAUUUGCAACCAGCCAUGGCCUCGGAAACCCACCUCACGAUGCAAAUGACCGGCUGGCAUCAAUCAAGACACCGCGGCCCGCCCACCUCUACAACGAUCCGACGUCACUCCUCCCUUCCUCCCCACCGCAGAUCUACCUCAACCUCCUCAUCCUCGAAGCCAGCCUGCGCUCCCAGUACCUCACGCUGCGGGCCCGCCGCCGCCAAAAUACCUUCUUCCUAACCCUACUCACCGUCUGGAUCCUCUACUUCGGGUACCUCCAAUGGCUGCGGCCGCGCGAGGACGGCAAAGUCGGCGGCUCCCAAUACUGGCUGAUCAACGCGAUGCAGAUGCUGUGCCUCACGACGGGCGUGCUCACCGCGAUCCUGUUCUACGCGAUCGGGCAGUGGGAGCGCGGGGUGCGGUGGCCGCGCCGCUGGGUCGGCACCGCGAACCGCGGCCUGCGCGGCAUGAACGUCAAGAUCGUGAUCAUCCGUGGCAGCUGGAUGGAGGAGGUGAUGUCGUGGCUGGCGUUCAUGAUGCCGUUUUCCGGUGGGCUGUGGGGCGGCGAGACGGCGGGUUCGUCGUAUCAUUACAUCAACCUCGCGCAGGAGAAGAAGAACGAUUUGUCGUCUGGGUUGCCGAGGCAUAGGAUCUUGGAAGACGGGAAGGAGUAUGCGGAGGAGGAUAUCGCGCCCGGUGGGGACUUUAUCCACUUGUUGUUGCUGCCGAAGCCGUUCAGCCCGGACUUCAGGGAGAACUGGGAGUUGUAUCGCACGGAGUACUGGGAGAAGGAGAACGAGCGGCGCUCCGAACUGCGGAAGCGCGUCCGUCAACGACAGCGAGAGAUCGCGCGCGCAGAGGGCGGCUGGCUCUGGUGGACCGGCUGGCGAGGCUGGAAGCGCGCCCGCGGCGUGAAAGGACGAGCCGGCGACGUCGAGAAGACGGGCCACCACCACGCUCACCACCACCACUCCCGCACGCACUCCCUCUCCGCAACCAACUCCCUCAAAGACCGCAAACGCCGCGCCAGCACCAUCCGCGGCCGCGACAACAACACAACCAUAACCUCGCACUCCCGCAACUCCUCCCGCAGCGUGACACCCUCCGCCGCCGACCUCGAAGACCGCCUGCGUCCCGCAUCCGAGUCCCGCGAGCGCCGCUGGAGCACCAGCACGACUGGGUCCACCGCAACCGCAGCCUCGUCUUCACGUCCGGCCCCUCGCGCGGCACCCCCGCUCCUGACGUCCAACUCCUCGUCGUCCACCGCGUCGACGUUGACCCAAGGAUCCGCGCACUCGGCACGCCAGCCCCCGAACGCCGCUCGCCGCCCUGUCACCCCCAACGACGCGGCAUCACAGUGGCAGAGCAAGCGCGCGAGCAGUCUGAGUACGAGCGAGAGUCUCAGCGAGCGGGACGACGCGCAGAUUGCUGCUGCUGAUGGCAGUGAGGGUGCGAGGCCGGCGGUUAGGAGGAGGACGAGUAGAGAUGGUGGUGCGGGCGCGGGCAUGGCUUAAGUGACGUUUAUUCUGAUGAACCUGAGAAAGGUUGAAACUAAAAAAUGGCGUUUUUGGCAUGGGCAUUUUGCAUUUUGGGAUGAAGAGAUGAAGGUGAUGGGACGAUGAAGGGAAUGAAGGGAAUGAUGGAGGGGAAAUGAAUCGUUCUGUUGCUUCUUUGUACUUUUAGGAGGAUUUUUCUCGUACACAUUUACGAGAUGAGCAUGUAUGAGCGUACACUUUUUUUUCCUUCAAUGGUAUUUUCUCGGGGGUCUGGGGGAAUGAAAGAGUCGAGUGAACGAAUUGCAUGCAUGGAAGGAAGGUAUAGCGUAGUUGAAAAUAUAUUUCGUACACAUCAACAUCGAAACAUCAAAA